AUGGACAAGCGCGAGCUCGCGAUGCGCAGGCUCGAGCUGGCCGAAUCGCCUCCGCCCAGUCUGAAGAUCUUCAGCAGCACCCCGCCUAGCACGCAAGCUCAGUUCGAUCCACUCGGCGAGCACCAGUUGGAGGACUCUGCUUGCUCAUUGGACACCGUCUUACGACUUCGCGCCGCUCGAGCCACAACUGAGAAGCGACUGGUUCGCAAACAAGGUGGGUGGUCGAGAUCGGACCCUGAUGAAUCGCCAUCGUUCACCGCCGCUCCACCCGGAGCCGUCGAGGCGCGCUCGUCGUUCGCCAUCCUCGCAGUCGGAUGCAGAAGCGGGCGAGACCCCACGUUUCACAGGACGCCCCCUCGACCGUGGGUUUUUCAUAGCCCCUUGUAUCUGUUUUAACUGAGCACUUGACUGGACCAACAGAUGCUGUGAUACUACCCAUGACACUCCUCCUGUACCUAGCUUCACACCUCGGUGAGUCACUCGCCUUGUUCAUGACCGGAGUGACGUUGAGCUCCCGGGGGAAGUAACCGGUCGGGUCUCACCGAGUCAUCCAGCGGCCGGGAGCUGAAGUCCGGCCCCUGAGCCCUGAAACCACCCCUGUCAGACCGCAGCAACCUGGGAUCUGCGCGCCUUCAGGGCCUCGAGGUACAGGUCCUCAAUAAUAGCGAUACAGCUUAUUCCAUCGCAUUGUCUUGCUUCUUGUGCGUCAUUUCGAUAUGCGACACGGUGCCGCAAUUCGUUGCGCCACCCCCACCGCAGCGCUGCUGACGCUCUCGUGGCCCAACGCCCCAGCGUAACCUACAUCAUUCUGUCCAUACCGGGAACCCUGCUCGGGAAAGCGAUCGAUGCGGCAACGUGUAUCUCAAUUGGUGCUUUCGUCUGGUCCAUCGCCACCACUUGUCAAGCUGCCGCACGGACCCCGGGUGGACUCUACACGGCGCGCUGCUUUGUUGGCGUCGGCGAAGCGAUGUUCGGACAGGUGAUGGCAUUUCACCUCUCGUGAGUCUCAGAAAGGAGCUUCAUAUGAGUAUUGAACCAUCCGUAACGGCAAGUUCUUUCUAUGAUUAGUCUUUGGUACACCAAACCCGAGCUAUCGAAACGUGUUAGCUUGGUUUUGUCUGGUGGAGCACUGGCGGGAGGAUUCUCUGGCCUGAUCGCCUAUGGGAUCGGACGCUUGGGUCAGACAGCAAUACAGCCUUGGCGUAUACUCUUCUUGAUGUGGGUGCGACGCCCAUAGAUACUCACCGAGCAAUCUGCUGUAUACUGAUUUUGAAGAUCUCUUGCCACCUAGGGAGGGGUUACCGAGCGUACUGCUCGCCAUCGUCGCCUUUUUCUGUUAUCCAUCUCGACCUUCCAAGUCUCAGUUCUUGACGGAAGCGGAGCGAGCGCUUUCCCGUGCUCGAAUGAACGAUCAGUCCACCUACGAGGCGACGAGGGGGAUCAAGUGGAACGCGGUCCGCCGCGCACUAUUUGACUGGAAGACGUACACCUUCGCCAUGUGAGCUUUUGCAGGCUCGAAAUAUUUUUCUUGUUGGUUAGCACGUUCUGAUGCCUUCUGCCUGGUCUUCAGAAUGUACUCCUGCAUGAACUUGACGCUUGGUUCGGUUGCAGGUUUCCUGCCCACCAUCAUCCGGGAUCUCGGUUACACGGCAACCGACGCCCAACUGUGGACCAUUCCGUAAGUAGAUAAGCAUCUGGUCUUGAGGCCACGAUCGCGCUGACCCUCCUUGCCUUGGAAGCCCUUAUCUCGUAGCUCUGGGAACGACGUUCGCUUUGUCUUCUGUUUCGGAUCGGACGCAGAGUCGUGGUGUUGCCACCGCUGGGGUUUUCUUGAUCGGAAUCGCAGGGUGGAGUGUCUUGCUCGGUACACGGGCGAUCAAUGCCUCGAACUCACAGUUCGAGCUGCGCUACGUUGGAUGCAUUCUCGUGGUAACUGCGGCUUACGGGUCAGUUGGUCUCUUGAUGUCUUGCGCGUGUGUGACCCAUGGGGAGCUCAUGGGAGUUGAAGUAUUUUAGUACGAUCCCUCUCAUCAUUGCCUGGGUGACAGCAAACACGGGCAGCGAGUCCCAACGUGGGAUUGGGUUAGGGAUGCUCAAUACGGUCGGUCACUGUCUCUCAAUCGUCGCCGCUUUUGCUUUUCCUUCGCGUCAAGGGCCCGACUACCGCGAGGGUAUCACCCUCAACUUGGCAUUCCAAGGUCUGGGUUUCACGAUCGCGGUCUGUUUAACCGUGUUCUUUCGUAUGGAGAACAGACGUCGGGACACGAUCGAGGGAACACCGAAAACCGGCGUCACUCUCAACACCAUGCAAAAGCUCGACUUGGCGCCUGGGUUCCGAUACGCGGUUUGA